CGUGCUUGGGGAGGCAAGAGCGGACUGAGAGCGGGCGGCGAGGCCAUGCACAGCCACCUGUGGCUGGGCCUGGCGUGCCUACUGCUGGCACAGGCACCUGGCACCGCGGGGACACCAAGUGGUCCGCGGAGACCACGCAGCUAUCCACACCUGGAGGGCGACGUGCGCUGGCGGCGUCUCUUCUCCUCCACCCACUUCUUUCUGCGGGUGGACCCCAGCGGCCGCGUACAGGGGACCCGCUGGCGCCACAGCCCUGACAGUAUUAUUGAGAUCCGCUCCAUCCACGUGGGCGUCGUGGCCCUCAAGGCUGUGCACACCGGCUUCUUCGUAGCCAUGAGCCGCCAGGGCCGCCUCUACGGGUCGCGGGUCUACACUGUUCACUGCAGGUUCCGGGAGCGCAUUGAGGAAAACGGCUACAACACCUACACCUCGCUCCGCUGGCGUCAUCGCGGCCGGCCCAUGUUCCUGGCGCUGGACCGGCGGGGAGUCCCCCAGCACGGCCGCCGAACCCGGCAGCAACACCUGUCCACCCACUUCCUGCCUGUCCUAGUCUCCUGAAGCCCCGAGGGGUUGUGAGGAGUGGCUGGACCAGAUUCCAGAAGAUGCCCGAGCAGGUGGCCAGGGGCUGGAGGCUGGG